CACCAAAAAAACAAUAAGAACAGUUUUGUUUAAACAAUAUUUAUAAAUAUAAAGUUGUUAAGUGAAAAUUAACUACUGAAGAUGUCAAAGGAAGCAACUGCCGGUUCCUGGUUAGGCCUGACCGAUUUCACGGACGCCUCCAACAGGGCGGUGACAUGGAGAGCCUUUUUGGCGGAAUUUGCUGGAACCGCCCUUCUGGUCUUCAUAGGCCUUGCGUCUUGUCUGGGGGCUAAUAGUACACAUUUGGGGAUAGCCGUUUCUUUCGGAGUGGCGGUUGCCACAGUGGUGGCGUUCACUGCCCAUGUUAGCGGAGGUCAUGUCAACCCCGCCGUGACUGCCAGUAUGCUCGUCACCGGACAGAUCGGAUUAGUAAAAGCGAUGUGCUACGUGGCGGCGCAGUGCGUCGGGGCGAUUGUGGGGGCGUCUAUCGUACACGCUAUAGAUCCAGUUAAAGACGGUUUGGGCUUAACCCAACCCGGUUCAGGAGUUACCAGUGGUAACGCUGUUGCAGUCGAGCUCUUAGUCACAUUUAUAUUGGUUAUGACUGUCCAUGCCGUUUGCGACAGCAACCGCGAGGAUCACUCCAGAAUAAACGCGCCCGCAGCCAUAGGUCUGGCUGUUCUUUGCUGUCAUAUCGGAUUUAUACAAUUCACCGGUUGCAGUAUGAAUUCUGCAAGAGCCCUAGGACCUGCCGUGAUUUUGAACGAUUUCAAUGAACAUUGGGUUUACUGGGUAGGACCAAUAGCAGGAGGAGUCCUGGCAGGUUUGAUCUACAAAUACAUUUUCAAAGUCGGCAAAAACGGUGUCGGAUCUUACGAUUUCUAAAACAUAAGUUUAAUUUAAUUUUGUAAAUAUCAUAAAUUCGCAAUCAUCAUUUCUAUUUAUGAAAAUCUAAUUCAAUUCAUGAGGUUCGUGACAGGAAUUCUUAAGGUUGUGUUAAUUGUCCUUCCAAAAAAACAAA